AUGGCUAGUUCGGGCAGCAACGGAACGAUGCUCGUGAAAUGCGAGACCAAGAGUAAUCGGGUCAAGGGCUUAAGCUUUCAUCCCAAGCUCUCUUGGAUCCUGGCAAGUCUCCACAAUGGCACGAUCCAGCUGUGGGACUACAGGAUCGGUUCCUUGAUUGACAAGUUUGAGGAGCACGAGGGAGGUCCUGUGCGAGGCAUUUGCUUCCACCUCUCGCAGCCACUGUUUGUUUCCGGUGGCGACGACUACAAGAUCAAAGUUUGGAACUACAAGCUCCGAAGAUGUAUUUUCACUCUUCUAGGCCAUCUCGACUAUAUCAGAACGGUCGAGUUCCACGACGAGUACCCGUGGAUUCUUAGU